AGGAGGAGGCUGGAAUUGUUAUUGUGAGUGCAUGGUCACACUUAGCGUUGAGCUGUAAUCAGAAAAGAUCCACAGAUAUAUGUAAGUUAACAGCUGCUGCUAUCUGACAGUCAACUGGCUUAACUUAAGUCCUCAAAAACAUAAUUGAUCACAUUCAAUUUAUGUUUUACACAAGUGACAGUCAAGUUUUAUAUUUACACUUGAUUUCCUGUUUGAUAGGAAAUUUAGUUUGAGGAGCUGAAACAUUUAAGUAUAACAAGCAAAAACAGAAGAAAUCUCUUAGGACUAAACUACUGAGCAACUGAGCUGAUAAUGAGACAGAUUCCAAGGACAUAGUUUUGGAGAGGAGGGCCUCAGGUUUUGGAACUUCAGGGUCUCAUCUUUGAUUUUGGCAGAUGAUGUGGUUCUGUUGGCAUGUUUAGAUCAUGACUGUCUUUACUGUUCUCUGGAGUAGUUUGCAGCCGAGUGCAAAGCGCCUGAGAUGAGAGUAUCUUGGUGUCUUAUCCUUGAGUGAUGGUAGAAUGGAGAAGGAAAUAAGAAAAUGGGAAGACAGACUUGAGACCUCGUCUGCGGUAAGAUGGUAAAAUGGAUCUUGAGAAAGAGAACAAAGUCCCGGAUACAAGCAGCUGAAAUAAGCUUUCUCCGUCUGGUGGCUGGGCUCACCCUUAGAGAUGGGGUGGAGAUGUUCCGUCAUAUGCUGGGGAAAACCCUGGGCCUCUUGGGUUACACCAUCCAGUAUGGUUGCAUUGCACACUGUGCCUUUGAAUACAUUGGCGAAUUUGUGGUGUGUUCUGGUCCUUCUAUGGAGCCCACAAUUGUAAACCAUGAUGUUGUGUUCUCUGAACGUAUGAGUCGUCAUCUUUUUAAAAUAGAAAAGGGUGACAUAGUAAUUGCAAAAAGUCCAUUCGACCCACAAAUGAACAUUUGUAAAAGGGUUAUUGGAUUGGAGGGUGAUAAGAUCUGCACCAGUUCUCCCUCAGAUUUGUUCAAGACCCACACAUAUGUUCCAAUGGGCCAUGUAUGGCUGGAAGGGGAUAACCUUAGGAAUUCCACUGACUCAAGGAACUAUGGCCCAAUUCCAUAUGCCCUGAUUCGAGGUCGUGUUUGCUGGAAGCUCUGGCCGCUGCAUAGUUUUGGCACUAUGAGUGAAACCCCGAUGAAACGCAUCAUUAAAGCUCAGAGGGACUCAGACUCAGAUUGACACACUCAAUUGUUUAUUUUUCUGUACUUAGUUUAAAACUUCUUUUUAAUAAAAUGGCUACAUGGUCAAUUU